AUGGGUGUCAAUGUCAAAUCUGUUGUUGAUGACUUGGUUUUGAAUUUUCGCAUAGAUGAUCAAGGCGAAGUUUUGAGCAUUAAGUUUUCUGAGGAUAACAAAAUCUUGGGAAUUCAGCGGACUCAUCGAUCAGUUGACUUUUUAAAUUUUCAAGCCAAUUGCCCCAGGGGUGUACAGUAUUCUCAAGAAUGCAAGAAUAAAUCAGCAACGCUUCUGGGAUUUGUGUGGUGUUCCAACUAUGAGGUCCUUUUUGUCACAAACGAACAACUGGAGUUAUAUCAAGUAUUACCUGAGAAGAAUACUCUACGCAUACAUAGUUAUUUGCCUCUCAACACUUGCUGGUUUUUAUGGAACCCAGAGACACAUAUUUGUAUCACUUCAGACGAAGAGAAAAAACUACAUAUGUUUCAACUGAAGACACCCGGCACAAUCACAAAAGGACCAAAGUUCCUGUCUCCUACAUCGGUAGGGGCCAAUGGUGAUACCAUAUCGAUUGAACAGAAACACUGUUUUUUAGCUUUAUUAUAUGAGGAUUUGUACUUUGGUACUCUUCGCUACGUAAAGCUACAUAACGAACCAAAUCUUACCCGAACUAUUAGUUUCUAUACUUUAAAAAUAGAAGAUCCCAUCGUAUUGACACACCUCGUAAUUUUAGAUUUUCAGGGUCCUGUGUCAUUCAGUGUAUUGGAUAACCUGUUCAUGGUACACUAUCAGAGCAGAAAGGUUACGUCAGUUUUUGAUAUCGCCCUUAAUGGAAGCGUUCGCAAUGUAAUUCAUCAUUCACCUAUAUUACGUGAUAUUUCGAUUGCACCAUUCAGUCUUUUCACUAAAAUCAUUCCCUCAUUAUCAACAAACUUGGAUGCUCAAAUUCCUAUCGAUUUAUAUUCAAUGAAUUGGAUUAUUCAUCUGUGCGGUGUUGUAAUUGACAACAGUCUCGGUUGCUCAUGGCUGUUAUGCUUGAAUACUAUGGUUUUUCCAAAACUAAUUGCUAACCACAACCUAGUUGUGGAUUUUCUACUUCAUCGAUCCAGUGGCAAAAGUGUACUGUUAGAGUACUGCUCUAAAUUGGUGUUAGACAGUAUUGAAGAGGUUACUUCCAAUGUUGACAAACCUCUGAACUACAAAUUCGAUGGAUAUGGGUUGAAUCAACGACUAGAUCAGUUUGCGUUCGUCUUUAAACGGAUUUGUGAAGUGGGCUACUGUGGGACAAACGUCAUGAGUAAAUUGCUCACUGAUUCUGAUCGUAAAAUGCCAAGUGCUUCGGAAGCAUCAUGCCAUUGUUCUAUAGUUAAGACAAUAUCCAAAGGCGUACAUGCGGGUUCGUCAACCUACAUCAUUUCCCAACCUGAAAUAUAUUCACAUUUAUUUUUAAAGAACCAAGGUGUUGAGAGACUAGAAGUCCGUAAAUUGUUUCGCUCUAUACUGAUUGAAUAUAUUCGCAUAUUUUCAGAGCACGACAUUUGUGUAGAUCAUUGUUUCUACGAAAUGCUCGUCAACCUCACCGCCAGAGUGGGAGAUUAUACACAACUCAGUUUUUAUAUUCAAAGUCGUCUACUUGCUGAUUCAAAGCCUACCGCACUUCAACUGCUUUCUUUGGAAAGUGUGUAUCCCGCAGCAGGACAACUUGGUAUUGAUAUGCUAAAGAGAUUGAAUACAUGCAACACUGAAUUGUUCGAUGCAUUACUGAUAAAAGGACGGCCAUUAGAGGCGUUAAGAUUUGCUAGGCUGCAUCGCUCAGAAAAUGUCAUUGACAUGGAGAAUGUUCGCAAUUAUUUGGAUGCUAUUCAACAAAUCGAAGAUUAUAUGGAAUUAUAUUGUACUCACCAUUUUCUUAAAGAAAGUUCAAUGUGUAUGGAGUCUUAUUGGGACUCAGAUGAAUGCCGUAAAUAUUGUACCGAACACUUUAGUGACCUGUUUCCGUCCGCUUAA